AUUUGGCCGAAAAGUUGAUCCAGUUCAUGGAACAUCGUGAAGCACUUGGAGAAAAAGUUGAUGCUAAGCAAGUUGCCGAUGCUUUGAUACGAUUAAUGCCCUGUAUUACAAUGGAAUCUUUGUACAUGCCAGGAUGCAAAAAAGGGAAAAACGCUGACAAAGAGAAGGAUGCAUCGAAAGAUAACGAAGUGGGAAUUGUUGAAAAGGCAUUCCAGAAACUGUCACUUGAAGAGGAAUUGGCAUGUUUGGCGUACUACAAAACCUGUAUCGUCGAGCGGGAUAAGGAAAUUCUGAAAAUCAAAAUGAAACAGUCAAUUUAUUUGCGGGAGAAAGUCAUCCGGAAGAGGGAAACAAAAUUCGUCGAAUCAUUUCCAUUCUAUUUCGUCUCACCAGAUUUGAUUUUAUAUGAUUUUGAAAUAAGGUUUGCUGGCGGCAACCACUUGCUAGAGAAAUGGCCAAAACUUCAGUUGAAGCUUCUGAGCCUUUUGAACAAAAAAGAAGCCGAAGAAUGUGCAGAUUUCGGUUUUGAUGGUAUGAUGACCUCUUUUUUUAUUUUGCUCCGUGCUCUAUCAAUGAAGAAGUCCUUUGCAACGAAUGUGGACAAACUGAUCGUUUAUUCUGACAAUAUUAAUGGCAGCCCCGAUAAUUUGAUUGUGAAAAAGAAUAUUCAUCCGUACAUCAUUGCUGUGGGUCCCAAAAAGAAUGAUAUCUCAAACUAUUAUAUUGACGUCGAAGAGCAUUUGAUACCAAUUCCGAACGGUUUCAACUCUUUGAAGGUAAUCGAUAUGCUAUUCAAAUGUCACAAAGUAUUCCAUUUGCAAUACAAUCCAGCCUAUGUGAAACUGAUGCAUUUUAUUGACUAUUUUGUGUUUGAUGAUAAAGAAAAUGCGGAAAUCGACGUUACUGUUUCAAUGCGGAAGAUUUCUGAGAAACUUAAUGUUUCCGAGCUGAAUGAACGUGCGAUUAAUCCUGCCUUGGAGGAGGUGAAUAGAGAUUAAAUUUCAAAUAGAUAAGAAUAUUUCUUUCUUGUAAUGAAAAAAGUACAAUUCGAAAUGUGAUAGGGAAAAAUGUGUAAUUUUGAUUAAAACAGAAUGAAUACCAAAGUAUGAUUUAAUAUAUAUGCCCGUGCUGCUAAGAAAAGGAGCCUUUGCAAUUUGACAUUACGAUGAAAUCUACAAAUAAAAGUUGAAAUUUCUAAUGUGUUUUUGUUACGUUGUGUAAAAAUAUGGAUAAAUGAUAUCAACUUGUUCUUAUUAAAUUAUUUUUCUAUUUGUAUUUAGUACGCUUUGAGCACUACUCUAUGCCAUAUUUCAAUCGCAUAACUCAAGCUGGUGCAGGUCAAUUUCUUAGAUGUUCUUACCUUCUAUGCAUUCUAAUAGUUUGACCAUUGCAAUCUGUGAACUAAUUUGUAAGAAAUAA